CUGGGUCUGGGAGGGAGUGGGAGCAGCCAAGUCAUAAUAACCGGGAGAGAGCUGAGCUGGCCCCGGCCGCUGAGACUUGCUGCAGACCCCAUGCUAGGAUGCAACAUGGCAGCAGCUAUGGAAACAGAACAAGUUGGGGUAGAGGUAUUUGAAUCUGCAACUGGCCAUGGGAGCGCAGAGUCUAGUGGAGCCGAUGCCACUCCUGAACCAUUUUAUGUGGAACGCCACUCAUGGAGUCAGAUGCGCAAGUUGCUUGCUGACACAAGGAAGUACCAUGGAUUCAUGAUGGCAAAGGCACCUCACAGCUUUACAUUUGUGAAACGAAAUGAUCCUGAGAGUCCUCACUCUGAUCGCAUGUAUUAUUUGGCAAUGUCUGGAGAGAACAGGGAAAAUACCUUGUUCUACUCUGAGAUUCCGAAAAACAUAAAUCGGGGAGCGGUCCUAAUGCUGUCGUGGAAACCACUUCUAGACACAUUCCAGGCUACUCCAGAUUAUGGCAUGUAUUCCCGUGAGGAAGAGCUGCUUCGGGAGAGGAAACGCAUUGGCACUGUGGGCAUAUCUGCCUUUGAUUACCAUGUGGAGAGUGGGACCUUCCUAUUCCAGGCUGGCAGCUCUAUCUAUACAGUGCGCGAUGGGGGUACAUGCGGGUUCACGAAGCAGCCACUGCAGCCUCAGUUAGUGGAGAGCAGCUGUCCUAAUAUCCGCAUGGACCCCACCCUCUGUCCUGGAGACCCCAGCUGGAUUGCCUUUGUUCACAGCAAUGACCUCUGGAUAGCUAAUAUUGAGAGUGGAGAGGAGCGCAGGCUGACAUUUGUGCACAAAGAUUCAGCCAGGGUGGAGGAGGAUGCAAGCUCUGCUGGUGUUGCUUCCUUCGUGCUUCAGGAGGAGUUUGAUCGCUAUACUGGGUUCUGGUGGUGUCCACGUAACGAGAAAACUUCAUCUGGUGGUCAGAUAUUGCGCAUUCUCUACGAGGAAAAUGAUGAGUCAGACGUGGAAAUAAUUCAUGUCACCUCUCCAAUGUUGGAGACUCGAAGGACUGAUUCAUUCCGUUACCCCAAAGCGGGUACCUCAAACCCUAAAGUAACAUUUAAGCUGUCUGAGAUUAUUGUGGAUGCAGAGGGCAGAGUUCAGGAUGUGGUGGACAAAGAACUUAGGCAACCUUUUGAAGUGUUGUUUGGAGGCAAUGAAUACAUUGCCAGAGCUGGAUGGACUCCUGAUGGAAAGUAUGCCUGGGCCAUCCUGCUUGAUCGCCUUCAGACUCGUCUACAGAUUGUUCUCAUCCCACCAGCAUUAUUCAUCAAUUGCUACACAACUUCUCCGGAUCACCCACUCCUGUUUGACUCCUUGCCAGAUAAUGGGACUCCACUCAUAAUAUAUGAGGAGACAACAGAUAUCUGGAUUAACAUUCAUGAUAUUCUUCAUUUCUUCCCCCAAACUCGGGAUGAUGAGAUCCAAUUCCUUUUCGCCUCAGAGUGCAAGACUGGAUUCCGCCACCUUUACCGAAUCAUUAGCAUAUUGAAAGCCGGUGGUACCGGUAGAGGAGGGGCUGACUCCCUGGGACUCUGUGACUUCCGAUGCCCAAUAAAACAGGAAAUGGCUGUUACCAGCGGAGAAUGGGAAGUCCUGGGGCGACAUGGAUCCACUAUUCGUGUUGACGAAGUAAACAAAUUGGUGUAUUUUGAGGGCACAAAGGACACACCUUUAGAACACCACCUGUAUGUUGCAAACUACGAGACGCCAGGAGAGGUUACCAGACUCACAGACCUGGGUUACUCCCACUCUUGCUGCGUCAGCAAGCAUUGCGACAUGUUCAUUAGCAGAUACAGCAGCCAGACCCUCCCGCACUCUGUUCAUCUAUUCCGUCUGACAGGCACUGGAUCUGAUGCGUUCCAGAGGGACAAGGAAUUCUGGGCCACACUUUUAGAGUCACCAGGAACACUACCUGGAUACAUUGCCCCAGAGAUAUUCUCCUUCCCUAGUCGGACAGGUUUUACUUUGUACGGGAUGAUGUAUCGACCUCAUCAGUUGCAACCAGGCAAAAAAUAUCCAACAGUUCUUUUCAUAUAUGGGGGACCUCAGGUCCAGCUAGUAAACAAUCGAUUCAAGGGAGUGAAGUAUUUCCGCCUCAAUACUCUAGCUUCACUGGGGUAUGUUGUAGUUGUCAUUGACAACCGGGGCUCUUGUCAUCGUGGACUGAAGUUUGAAGGUGCCUUCAAAUAUAAGAUGGGUCAAGUGGAAAUAGAUGACCAAGUGGAAGGGCUGCAGUAUCUGGCUGCUAAAUACCGGUUCAUUGACCUGGAUAGAGUGGGGGUCCAUGGAUGGUCUUAUGGAGGUUAUCUGUCCCUUAUGGCCCUUAUUCAGAGACCUGAUAUAUUUAAGGUGGCCAUUGCAGGAGCUCCUGUGACUCUCUGGAUCUUCUAUGAUACAGGAUAUACUGAGCGGUACAUGGGUCACCCAGACCAAAAUGAGCAUGGCUACUACCUUGGAUCUGUGGCCAUGCAGGCUGAAAAGUUCCCAUCUGAGCCUAACCGCUUGCUCCUCUUACAUGGCUUCUUAGAUGAGAAUGUGCACUUUGCUCACACAAGCAUUCUGCUCAGCUUCCUUGUACGCAGUGGGAAACCAUACGACCUGCAGAUAUAUCCUCAAGAACGUCACAGUAUCCGGGUACCUGAAUCAGGAGAACAUUAUGAACUACAUCUCCUCUACUACUUGCAGGAAAAUUUGGGUUCCCAAAUAGCAGUAACCAAAUCUUUAUGAGAUGGUUAGGGUAUAUGGGUCUUGCAGCCCUACAGCUGCCAGCAGAGUUGGACACCUGCUGGCCUUGCGUACCUAGCCUGUUUCGAGGUAGGCUAUCAGAGAAGAGGGAAUCAUAGGACUUAAUCCAUACUGUGCUCAUAGAUAUUCCAACAGUGUUUCUUUGGACAUUCAAGGGAUAAUCUGUGCUCAUGACAGCACUAAAUCAGAUUUCCAUCUAGCGGGAGAGUAACUUUCCACCUCACCCUCCCCAUACAUCUUUAAAUAGGUGCCAUUGUGUGGUCACUGAUCUCCUUUGAUCAAUUAUGAAACCAUGAGGGUGGCUUUUUUGCUUUUUUUUUUUUUUUUUUUGUGGCAUGCUUCAGAACAUGCAUAAAGAAAAUCACAGCCACACAAAUAACAACACACUCAAUACAUAUGAAAAGAGACUUGUACAUACCACCUGAAAAAGACACAAACCCGAUAUUUGCUCGCUUUGUUCUGAUGGCCUAGACUUACUGUCACUGGGCAGAAGUUGUAAUUUUUAAUUUUAUUUUUUUCCUUUUGUCAUGUUUUUAUUUAUUUGUGGAUCAUGCUGUUCAACCAGGUGCACAUUUUGGAGUGCCUUCCAGAUUCAUCUCUCUGGCCCCUUCCUGUUUACUUCUGCUGACUGUUUUGGCAAAUUGAGUACCAAUGCAUGGGUUUUUGAACCACGUAAAUCUGUUACCGUUGCUGUUGGUUAUCAUUCACCAUUGUCCAUCAGGUGCUUUGCUUUCUGAAUGAGCAAUGCGUUAAAUCAAAACAAGUUUCAAGAAGAGAGGUGAGCAUGUUGGUUUCUUAUUAAUGGCUGCCAGACACCCUCUGCAAUUCUGCAGAGAAAAGGCUACACUCAAGCUUGAGCUCCUACUCCCUAGGCUUUUUCACCUCCUUUAUGCCGCACUUUUUCUUUAAAUUCCUGAUAGUGCCAGGGUUCCACCCUAGAGGUGGCUUACAUAAGUCAACCUUUUUCAAAGCACUUUAUAAUGGAAAGGUGCUAUCUUAACUGCUACUUGAAGAUUUUAUUAGAUUGUUUGCAAUUUAGAUUUUCAUAAACCCACCCUGUCUGCAGUAAACCUUUACUUGCAGUCUGGGUUUGCAGUGAUCGACGACCAAGUGCUGCAGGAAAUGGGAUUUCUCAGACCAUAAAUCCUCCUGGAAUUGUAUCUCAGGCUUGUAUUUGCAGGGUGCAUCCUCUGUUACAUUUCUUUGUGCAAUGAGAAAUCGGAAUUUUAAUGCUGACCGUGUUCCAAGAAAUGAUAGAUCAUGGCAUCUAUUUUGAACACACAAACCUUUCCCCAGGAAAAAGCACCACUCAGAGUUAGGAUCUGCAAGGGAGCCUGUAACAUGUUGGGAUUCAUGGUUAGUCUGCCUGGCAUCUGUUUCAACAGCAAUCUACCCCUCUAGAAAUAAGGAAUCGAAGUCAAUGAAUCCAAACUCCCUGCAGCUGCUCUUCCAGGUGCAUUAAUUUUCAUACAUGAAGGCUAGGCUAAUAUGAAUUUCUUGGCACAGAAGAAAAACACAUUGACUCGAAAGGCCUGGUAACUUCCCGUGUGUUAAUUAUCAUGAACAUAGACAUCCUCCUCUACAGGAUUGUAUGUCUGCUGCUGAAUUUUUACAUUUGGCUAUGCCUGUUGAUUACAUGCCAUCGUACACAGGACCUCUGAGAAGAGGAAAUUACAACUCCGUUCCUAGAAGGUGCUGAAUUUGACUGAAUCCUGCUCAAGUUAAUGAUAAAGAGGAAAAUGCAUUCAAAUUCACAUUUUAGGAAUCAAAAUAGUGACCUAUAAUGACUUUAAAUUAUUUAACUUUAUAGUCAAUAUAUUUUGGCAACACCCAUACUUGUAGGCAUAUAUAUAUAUAU